AUGGCGGUUUGAGUUUAUAAAAAAAAGCCGCGUUAUUAAACCUCAUAUUCCCCAAAAUCUCUCUGUGCAGCAAUUGAGUGGUGAAGAAGCACAACUAGUUAAUCUUAAAAUCUCUGCGUUAAUUUCAUAUAUGAGUGUGGAAGGAAUGGUGGGUCUUUCUGAGGGAGAAAAGGAAUUUAUUAAAGGUGGAAUUGCACAAGACCUCCGCUCCGAUGGUCGCAAGAGACAUACUUACAGACCCAUUUAUGUUGAAACCGGUGUCAUUCCUCAGGCAAAUGGUUCGGCAAGAGUAAGGUUAGGGGCGACGGAUGUUAUUGCUAGUGUCAAGGGUGAACUUGGAAAGCCAAGCUCGUUGCAACCUGAUAAAGGGAAGGUUGCUAUAUUUGUUGAUUGCAGCCCAACUGCUGCCCCAAUGUUUGAGGGCAGAGGAGGUGAAGAUCUGUCAGCAGAACUCUCCGGAGCUCUUCAGCGUUGUCUCUUGGGUAGUAAAAGUGGAGCAGGAGCUGGAAUUGAUCUAUCAUCUCUAGUAGUUGUGGAAGGAAAAGUUUGUUGGGAUCUUUAUAUUGAUGGUCUAGUUGUUAGUGCAGAUGGAAAUGUUCUGGAUGCUCUUGGCGCUGCCAUUAAGGCUGCUUUGAGCAAUACUGGCAUCCCAAGAGUCAAUGUUGCAGCCGGUGCAGCAAAUGAUGAUCAACCAGAGGUUGACAUAAGUGAUGAAGAAUUUCUGCAGUUUGACACGUCUGGAGUUCCUGUCAUAGUUACAUUAACAAAGGUAGGAAAACAUUAUAUAGUAGAUGCUACAUCAGAAGAGGAAUCGCAAAUGAGCUCGGCAGUUUCUAUUUCUAUCAAUAGGCAAGGGCACAUUUGUGGUAUGACCAAACGAGGAGGUUUGGGCUUAGAUCCAAGUGUCAUUCUUGACAUGGUAUCUGUUGCUAAUUUUGUAAGCAGGCAGCUAUUUGACAAAUUGGACUCUGAGAUAUCUGCUGCUGAAGCUGAUGAAGAUGAAUCAUGAUGCCCUCGUAUAUGUUGAAAUUGAUUGACCUAAACUUUGACUGUUCUGAUUGAAUGUGGAUGGUAAAAUAUGGAAUUCAGUUUUUGUUGUAUGCUAAAUUGGAAUUUUCAA